UAUAAAUCAUAAAGUGUUUUAUUUAAAUAAAACACAUAAAUUCAUAUUUUUGCAGAUAAAUCAUUUUGCCUUAUCUUGAUCAGCAGCUGGAGCUCUCUGCUCUCCAGUCCCCCCUACCCUCCACUGCAGGAGGCCCUUUGAAAUCCCCAACAUGGGAAGUUUUGUAUGUAAUCAUUUAGAUUCAUUUUGAAUAUCAAUGGGGCAGGAAUGCCGAGGAUCCAGUUUUAAUGGGACAAUAAAGGCGAACCACAAAGGUUUUCUUUUUCUUUUUUUAAUGGCAGCAGGGAUGUGGGCUCGCUUUACUGCUGCCAGCUCGUAAACACAUUCACACCUCUCUUUCAUUUAAAUGCGGGAUAAGUUAUAGCACAUUAUUGAAAAAAAAAUCGAGGUCGACAACAACCUGCAUUUGAAUGCUGUCUGGGAGAGUCGAGGCCAAUCCACAAACCAGCAGCACGAAUAGACAGAGAGAGAGAGAGGAGCAGUUUCUGUAGCUCUUACACAGCAGCAGCUGGCGGGGACCACCGCUUUGCCCACCGAGAGGAAAAACCCUCUCCAAGCUGAUGGUCUCUCCAGGAUUACCCUAUCAGGUGCAAACCGCUGACAUGUUUCCACCCACCAACAACAAAAAAGCCUCUCUGUGCCCAAAUCUCAAGCCGCAGACGCACAAACACCACUGACAGGCACUGCUGCGCCACCAUCAGCCCCCAAACCUCUCCAGGGAUCCGCUGCUGCCGCUGCGAUUUCCACUCUACUUUUCUUUUGUAAAAACAUAACGUUUUUCUGUAUGCUUGGAUAAGUUUGUUUGCCCACUUUAAGCGACUUGCUUUUGGUGGAAGGGCGUUUUAUUAUUCACCGCUUUAACUUUUUCCACCGUAGCACUUGGUAGAAUAAAAUGAGCCAUGCAAGGUGUAGAAAUCCCCCGCAGGUACGGACUGAGUUGAGGAGCCUGUGAUCUCUGGAGCAACAGGAUUGGGAUUGUGGGGAAACUUGGCUUUAGGUGCGCAAAACUUCGAAGGAUAUUUUUUAUGAGCGAGGGGAUUUUUGGAGUGGUUGAAUUGUGAAUCCUCUCCUCGUUUGGCACCGUUUUACGGAGACGUUGCGGGAUUUCGGGGAGCGGAGCAAAAGAAAGAAUCUUCUGGAUAAUUCCCCCCAAACAAGGAAACACCUAAUGUUGCACUCCGUGACUCUGUUGCUGCUCUCCAGUGAUCUAUCCUUACACUGGGAUUCAAUCUCCUACUUACCCCCGGAGUUGUGUGCGUAAAGGACGCGCAAGGGAACGAAAGCAAGAGAGAGGGGGGCGAUUUCGCCAACCUUUCCCGGGGCUCUAAAUCUGUGGAAGCAGGUGUAUUUCAGGUGUAUUUCUGCGAGUCAAGAUGUCUGUGCUGCCUUCGAGGUUCAUAUACCUGUGUUUACAAUUUCUGGUACUCUAUUUCCAGCUACAGGAAUCGCAGCAGACCUCUGCUGAUUUCAGGAUUUACAUCGAGAACCACACGAGGAAUCCGGACGACCUGAGUCGGAAGCAGGUCCGGAUCUAUCAGCUGUACAGCAGGACCACGGGCAAACAUGUCCAGAUCUUGGGGAAGAAAGUCAACGCCAACGGAGAUGAUGGGGGCAAGUAUGCUCUUCUCGUCGUCGAGACGGAGACCUUCGGCAGCCACAUCCGAAUAAAAGGAAAAGAGAGCGAGCAUUACAUUUGCAUGAACGACAAGGGCAAAAUAGUCGUACGGCCCGAUGGAAGGAAGCAGGAGUGCGUCUUUGUCGAGGAAUUCCUGGAGAACAACUACACGGCUCUUGUGUCGGCCAAGUACAAAGGAUGGUACCUCGGCUUCAACAGGAAGGGGCGGCCCAAGAAAGGCUCGAAGACCACGCAGCGGCAACAGGAAGUCCACUUCAUGAAGCGCCAGCCGAAGGGCCGGCCGGACCCGCUGGAGGAGUUCCGUUUCACCACAGUGACUAAGCGGACACGAAGGGCUCGGCGUUUAAAGCCCAACCCCAAGAGGAACUGACGGGGCUGACGCACAAAUCUUCCUCGGAUGGAGUGAGGGAGGGGGGGGGGGGGGGCUGUACCUGAAAAGAAUCUCAAGCUUCUUGUC